CCGGGCACUUCCAAAGGUGCAGGAGCGAAGCAGCCCUCUCCAGCCGUGCACUGCACCUCCGCGGCCCGCGGGCGAGAUUGGGGUCCCGGUGGGAAGCAGACGCGCAAUCGGGGAGAAGCUCCAGGGGUGGAGGAAGAGUCCAGAGAGCUUCAGCUGGGCAGAAGGGGCGCAGAGGCUUGGGGCCAAGCGGAGUUUGCCCUGCGGGUCCUGCGCAAGGCCCCAGUGCCCCGGCUAAACCUUUACCGCAGGAUCCCAGAGCCGGCGUCCUUCAAGGAGCACAGAGGGCCCCGCAGCACGCCCCUUGCCCAGCGCCACCGACCCCUAAGCAGGGUCAAGGAAGGAGUCCCGAUCAAGGACAGGGAUCUGCGGCCAUGGCCGAGGCCGCGGAGCCGGAGGGGGUUGCCCCGGGUCCCCAGGGGCCGCCGGAGGUCCCCGCGCCUCUGGCUGAGAGACCCGGAGAGCCAGGAGCCGCGGGCGGGGAGGCAGAAGGGCCGGAGGGGAGCGAGGGCGCAGAGGAGGCGCCGAGGGGCGCCGCCGCUGUGAAGGAGGCAGGAGGCGGCGGGCCAGACAGGGGCCCGGAGGCCGAGGCGCGGGGCACGAGGGGGGCGCACGGCGAGACUGAAGCCGAGGAGGGAGCCCCGGAGGGUGCCGAGGUGCCCCAGGGAGGGGAGGAGACAAGCGGCGCGCAGCAGGUGGAGGGGGCGAGCCCGGAACGCGGCGCGGAGGGCGAGCCCCGCGGGGAGGCUCAGAGGGAGCCCGAGGACUCUGCGGCCCCCGAGAGGCAGGAGGAGGCGGAGCAGAGGCCUGAGGCCCCGGAAGGUAGCGCGUCCGGGGAGGCGGGGGACAGCGUAGACGCGGAGGGCCCGCUGGGGGACAACAUAGAAGCCGAGGGCCCGGCGGGCGACAGCGUAGACGCGGAGGGCCCGGCGGGGGACAGCGUAGACGCGGAGGGCCCGGCGGGGGACAGCGUAGACGCGGAGUGUCCGGCGGGGGACAGCGUAGAGGCGGAGGGCCCGGCGGGGGACAGCGCAGAAGCGGGGGUCCCUGCGGGGGACAGCGUAGAAGCCGAAGGCCCGGCGGCGGACAGCAUGGACGCCGAGGGUCCGGCAGGAAGGGCGCGCCGGGUCUCGGGUGAGCCGCAGGAAGCAGGGGACGGCAGCCUCUCGCCCCAGGCCGAGGCAAUUGAGGUCGCAGCCGGGGAGAGCGCGGGGCGCAGCCCCGGUGAGCUCACCUGGGACGCAGCGGAGGAGGCGGAGGUCCCGGGGGGAAAGGGGUCCGAGGAAGCGGCCCCCGGGGACGCAAGGGCAGACGCUGGCGAGGACGGUGUAGGAGAUGGGCCACAGCAGGAGUCGGGGGAGGACGAAGACAGACGAGAGGGGAGCCCGGAGGGGCCAAGGGAGGAGGCCGCAGCGCGGGGCGAAGAGGAAUCCCCCGACAGCAGCCCACAUGGGGAGGCCUCCAGGGGCGCCGCGGAGCCUGAGGCCCAGCUCAGCAACCACCUGGCCGAGGAGGGCCCCGCCGAGGGUAGCGACGAGGCCGCGCGCGUGAACGGCCGCCGGGAGGACGGAGAGGCGUCCGAGCAGCGGGCCCUGGGGCAGGAGCACGACAUCACCCUCUUCGUCAAGGCUGGUUAUGAUGGUGAGAGUAUCGGAAAUUGCCCGUUUUCUCAGCGUCUCUUUAUGAUUCUCUGGCUGAAAGGCGUUAUAUUUAAUGUGACCACAGUGGACCUGAAAAGGAAACCCACAGACCUGCAGAACCUGGCUCCCGGAACAAACCCUCCUUUUAUGACUUUUGAUGGUGAAGUCAAGACGGAUGUGAAUAAGAUCGAGGAGUUCUUAGAGGAGAAAUUAGCUCCCCCGAGGUAUCCCAAGCUGGGGACCCAACAUCCCGAAUCUAAUUCCGCAGGAAAUGACGUGUUUGCCAAAUUCUCAGCGUUUAUAAAAAACACGAAGAAGGAUGCAAAUGAGAUUCAUGAAAAGAACCUGCUGAAGGCCCUGAGGAAGCUGGAUAAUUACUUAAAUAGCCCUCUGCCUGAUGAAAUAGAUGCCUACAGCACCGAGGAUGUCACUGUUUCUGGAAGGAAGUUUCUGGAUGGGGACGAGCUGACGCUGGCUGACUGCAACCUCUUACCCAAGCUCCAUAUUAUUAAGAUUGUGGCCAAGAAGUACAGAGAUUUUGAAUUUCCUUCUGAAAUGACUGGCAUCUGGAGAUACUUGAAUAAUGCUUACGCUAGAGAUGAGUUCACAAAUACGUGUCCAGCUGAUCAAGAGAUUGAACACGCAUAUUCAGAUGUUGCAAAAAGAAUGAAAUGAAGCUGGGCUGUUUUCUGUCUUAUUUCUCAGUUGAGUGAGCGAGGAUACGAAAACAGUGUGUUUGAAAACAAAUUAGGUUUGGGUUCAAUUCCUUCAAUUUUUAAAAAACUGGUCUCUGAGAGUUUUUUAAAUCAUUGAGAGCCUGUUUUUCUUCUCUAAAACAUUAGUUUAAUUUUCUUCAAAAUGAAAAUACUGCUUUGUAAUUACAAAAUGAGACACACCUAUCUUGAUAUUUUAAAGCAAUAUCAGAGGGUGUAAAGAAGGACAUUUUAACAAUCGCCUUCAAUUUUACUCCACUUAAUUACCGAAAACUUACUGGAGAACAUGUUCCAAAUCUUCAGUAUCUUGUUCUCUCUCUCUCUCUCUCUCUCUCUCUCUCUCUCUCUCUCUCUCUCUCUCUCUCUAUCUCACACGCACACACACACACACACACACACAAUUUCAUUCAUAUAUGGUAUUGCAUUAUUUUAUUUUAAAGCACUGGUGAGGGGACCUCUUGGUAAUUCCUGGAUGAUCAUACACAGAGGACUUACACCAUACAAAAAGAUUGGGCACCGCAGUGCCAGAGAAGAUGCUUGAGGUUAGAUUUUAAGGAGUGGGGAAUUGUGAAGCCCACAGAUGCGCACGCAAUGACCAGCAGGAACCGGAAGCCGUGGAUCACCCCCACUCUGCCUCAUUUCUGCCUCCAGGAUGCCACUGCCUCUGCUUCCAGGAAAGGCAAGGGGGAGGGUGCUUAUCUGUGUCUCUGGUUCCAGCUUCCUGUCUUUGCUCCCUCCCCUCUCUUAGACACUGUGCCUUCAGCAGGACUCUUAAUAUCUGCUGCAACUUGGAGAACCUCCCUGCCCUGAAAUGUGAACCAAGCACACUUUGGUUCCUUCUCCGGGCGGCUCUCUCUGAGACCCAAGGCUGCAGUCCCUCAGUGCUGGUGGUAUCGUGUGGGGCUAGCAAUACUUCUCUGCCCUUCAUUGUCUCAUCUAGACAUCAAGCAGGGAAAAUCCAGGGAGAUUAAAUUCAUGGUGACAAGUCCUGGGCAGUUCUGGUAAACGGUCCAGUUAGGGAGGGAGUAGAAACUAUUGACUCAAAAGAGUUUCUGGCUGAUCUGUGGCUUUGCCUCCACCAUCCCUAACCAACCUCUCAUCACAGCUUUGUGUGUGGGCUGAGUGCUGGCCUUAACCCCAGGCGUGGAAGAGAAAAUGUGAGGUUGUUUAGAUACUCAUCAGGACCUCACAGGAGCUGAGACUUAUCAGCCAGAAUGUGUUCUUCGGACAGUCGUACACAUCUUACAGAAAACCCUCCUUGUAGAGUUGGUUGUGGUAUGUGUUUGAUGCUAUUAAGCUCAUUUUUAAUGUGUACACCUGCUCUAGGGGCGAUUCGUUUGAAAGAGAGUAAGAUGCAUUAACAGAAACUAUCCUGGGAUUAGGUGAGAAAUGUCUAGCAAAAGAAACAAAGUCUUUCAUAGAGUGGCCUCUUUCUGUCUUCGAUUAUGACUGCUGCAGUUUCACCCCAGCAGUCAGCUGUCUUUGUCAACCAUACGUUUUUGGAGAUUGGGUCUAGCACAUGUCACUCUUGUCCACGUUGUUUCACAUCUGGUUAGGGGGCAGAUUUUAAAAUGUAGUUUUGUAAUGUUACAUUUAAGCAUGAUAAAUGAUUAGACUACCAGAUGUUACUAGUGCUAACUUUGUAUUCUUAGACAUUAAAAUGAUUGACAUAAAACUCUUUGUGCCUUGAAAAUGAAACAAAUUAUAAAAAUGUUUAAAUGG